UAGCUGGUUGGCUAGGCAGGAGGCUAUGGCUAGGCAGCCUUGUAAACAAAAUGGCGGGAUUCACAUUUGGGUCCUCUUUUCAGGCUCCGACAGCAGCGACAACUCAAAGUUUUGGAGCUUUCGGUGCUCCUGCGGCGACUCAACCUGCUGCGUCCACGUUCAGCUUUGGUGCGCCGGCGAAGACCACCGGCUUCAGUUUCGCCGGAUUCGGUGCUCCGUCAACCAGCACGACGGCGCCGACCUUUGGAACAACUGGGACCACGGGGUUCAGCUUUGGCUCGACUGCCCCCGCAACCACUGCCGGCACGGGAUUCGGAUUUGGCUUCGGCCAGCCUGCUAGCACGGCGGCGGCGGGCACCGGAUUCAGCUUCGGCCAGCCCACAGCUGCCACCACCGCCACGACCGGCACACCCGGCUUUGCCUUUGGCCAGCCUGCCGGCACCGGAUUUGGCUUUGGUGCGCAGACGACUUCAACCGCACCGACCUUCAACUUUAGCGGAGGCCUUGGCACGGCAUCGAGCGCUCCGGGGUUCUCCUUUGGUACGGCGGCACCUAUCACAUCAACCGGUAGCACUGGCUUUAAUUUCGGAGGUUUCGGCACGGGAACCAGCACGACCCAGAGUUCCCUCUUUGGCGGAGGGUCGCUCUUUUCGACUGGGUUCGGGACCUCCGCGGGCACCGCACCUGCCUUCGGAGCUGCCGGCGCCGCCGCCCAAGCUGGUGGCGCCGGGGCGGCGGGCAACGUUGCCAACCUGGCAGCUGCGCUGUCCCUGCCCACGGUGUUUAACGACGAGCGUGACGCCAUCUUGGCCAAGUGGAACCAGCUGCAGGCUUUCUGGGGCACGGGCAAGGGCUACUUCUCCGGUCAGGCGCCGCCGGUCACCUUUACGCCGGACAACCCCUUCUGCUGCUUCAAGGCGAUCGGCUACAGCGCACUGCCAACGUCCAAGCCCGAGGACGGCCUGGUGGCCCUGGUGUUUGAGAAGCGACUGGAGGACGUGCAGCCCGUGCAGACGCAGCUGGUCGAGGGGCUCCAUCGAGUGCUGGGCAGCAAGCCCACCCUCUCCGUCUGCGUGGAUGGGCUCAAGAGCCUCUCCCCAGACAAGUGCGAGUUGGUGGUGUACGUGAUGGAGCGUUCGCCGUCGGGGGCGGUGCGCCGGGUGCCGUCCAACGAGCUGGCCUCGUUCAUGGACGGCUUCUCGGUGAAGCCCCAGCUGACGACCCUGGGCGUGCAGGCGGUGGUGUCGAAAGCUGCACCCUCCAAGGACUGGCUCAAGCAGUACCUGGACAACCCGCCCUGUGGCAUGGACCCAUUGCUGUGGCAGCAGGCCAAGCUGGACAACCCCGAUCCUGAUCGGCUCAUCCCGGUCCCGAUGAUCGGGUUUGCUGAACUCCGACGGCGCUUCAAGCUCCAGGAGCACGAGAUCAAGCAGCAUCAAAGCCGCCUAGAUAUCAUUGCAGAGGACAUCGCGGAGCUGCAGCGCCAACACGCCACCACAGUGGCCAAGAUCGAAGAGCACAAGCGCAAGCAGUCGGAUCUCAACCACAGGGUGCUCAAGGUGAUGGUGCAUCAAGAGGUGAACAGAAAGCUCGGAUUUGGGAUCCAGCCAGAAGAGGAGAAGCUGCGCACAAUUCUGGAAAGCAAUCUGGCAGAACUGAGUGCCCCUACACAGUUUAAGGGUCGCUUGAAUGAGCUCAUGUCCCAGAUCAAGAUGCAGAACAACCAUAUGACGUGCGCAAGUGCCCCCCUAAGCUGCACUCUCGACCCGGCAUUCGUGAACCAACUCAAAGAGCACCUCAAGAACCAGCAGUGCGGGAUUUCACAGCUGGUUAAGAUCCUGAAAACGGACAUGGAGGACUUGAAGGCGGUCGAGAGCAGCCUCCAGCAGGGGGCAGCGGCGCAGCGGAGAUAGUGACGGUGCCCCUAGGUUGCACGUGGCGGCGGGGCCCGUUCUGUCCUUUGGAAGAAAGGGGUGGCCGGGAUGUCCGUUCCGCAAAACUCUGCUUUUAUUUGUAUAAAGACGACUCCCAAUGGCGAAGUUGUAUAUGGGCUCGUGUUUUUAACGGGAGAUCUGUUUUGGGUUUAUGAAGGGGGCGAUUCUAGGCGGAGAUUUCACGCCGCGGAUGGAGUUUACUGUCACCAAACAUACGCGCUGAAACAGUCCUUCGUGCUGCGAGCUUUUGAGAUCUACCAGUUUUAGAGAGAGCUGUGGUCUCAACUACAACAAGAAUGUGAAGUUGAGGUAUCAUACUUUGGACUAUUUGACAAUUUGAGAGAUAGAACGUGCGCGUACCGCAGACGCAGAAAAAGGACCCGAUCGGGUGUUUUGGCUUGUAUUGUCUGCGGGGGUACAUUUGAGACCACGUAAAGUCAUUCUGUCACGUGGCCCGAUGCCGUGCUACUCAAUCACGUGACCUGGCGGCUUGCGACGUGGUCGCAUUAUCUGACGGCACAUGGCCACGUGACUUUUCUGGAUAGACUCUCUGUUCACGGGAGUUUGGCUGGUGCAUAAGCCCUUAUUAAGUUCUAUUGUUGCUAGUCGCUGGCAGGAUUAGGGUGGAAGGGAUGUACUUCAGUUGUCUUGCCUCCAAUGUAAGCUUCCUACCUUCGCCAAAGCAUGGUGGAAGGCAAUGAGUGCGGCUGGCCCGGCAUCCGAAAGCGACGCCCUACCAUAUUCAUCUUGUCGGCGACUGGUGCAGCCAUCGGGUAUUGCCUGACCAAACAAUGUGUAAAUAUAUUUGCAUGUCAUGUUUGAGCAAUUAGAGUUGCGCAACGAUGAUGUAAAAUGAGUUUUUAUGGGGGUAAUAAAAUUAGAAAA